ACAAAGAAAACAGACACUUAAAAAAAAGGAGGUAUACCUCUUCUCCGAUCUCUCCCUCUGCUUUCUCUCCUGCUCUCCUUACUUCAUUCACAGAGCUACAAGAAGUUUGCUUGGACACUCCCUACUGACCCGUUUCCUUUUCUCCCCAAAAUUCUCCAGUGCAACAUGGACCAUUCUGACUGAAAGCGACAGCUGCUUUGGCAUCAUCUUCAUACCUUUGGAGUGACUCUUGUUGGUUUUGAGCAAACUUGACAAAGCGAUGACACCUUGCUGGACUUGACUUUGCUUUUUGCGUUGGAUUUGUUGCACCGAACUUAACUCAAAUCAGAUCCGUUGAACCUUGUUUCUGUGCUUGGCCUGUUUGCUCUAGUUCUCAGGUGUAUUGUAACAAGUAUAUAAAAAUGGGAUCUGAUGUGCGUGACCUGAACACCCUACUUUCGCCAGUGCCUGCAAUACCAGGGGGGAACAGUAACUGCACCUUGCCCGUAAGCAGCACUCCUCAGUGGGCUCCAGUGUUGGACUUCCACACCAAUGCACCUUACAGCUCACUGGCCCCACACUCCUUCAUCAAGCAGGAGCCCAGCUGGGGUACGGCCGACCCCCAUGAGGACCCUCACUGUGGUCUGAGUGCCUUCACUGUGCACUUCUCCGGACAGUUCACCGGCACUGGGGCCUGCAGGUACGGAGCGUUUGGGGCCCCUACACCCAGUCAGCCUCCACCCAGCCAGCCUAGGAUGUUCAGCAAUGGCCCUUACCUGUCCAACUGCAUGGACAGCCAGCCCAGCUCCAGGAAUCAGGGUUACAGCACAGUCCCCUUUGAUGGAACCACAAACUAUGGACACACUCCCUCCCACCACACUUCACAGUUUCCCAACCACACCUUCAAACAUGAGGACCCCAUAGUGCAGCAAAGCAACAUGGGUGACCAGCAGUAUCCUGUCCCUCCUCCAGUGUAUGGCUGCCACACUCCCUCUGACAGCUGUACAGGAAGUCAAGCUCUGCUCCUGAGGAACCCUUACAACAGCAGUGAUAAUUUAUACCAAAUGGCUUCACAGUUGGAGUGCAUGGCGUGGAACCCUGUCAACUCUUUGGCGUCCACUAUUAAGAGCAGCCAUGGAGCAGGUUACGAGAGCGACCCCAGCACGCCCAUGGUCUACAGCUGCAGCACACAGUACCGCAUCCACACUCACGGCGUCUUCAGAGGCAUUCAGGAUGUGCGACGAGUUCCAGGCAUUACCCCUGCCAUAGUGCGUUCAUCUGAGACCAACGAGAAAAGGCCGUUCAUGUGCGCCUACCCGGGCUGCAACAAAAGAUACUUUAAACUGUCUCACUUACAGAUGCAUAGUCGUAAACACACAGGGGAGAAACCUUAUCAGUGUGACUUCACAGACUGUGGUCGCAGAUUCUCCAGAUCAGACCAGCUAAAAAGGCACCAGAGAAGACACACAGGCGUUAAGCCAUUCCAGUGCGAAACCUGUCAGAGAAAGUUCUCACGGUCAGACCACCUUAAGACCCACACCCGGACACAUACAGGUAAAACAAGUGAGAAACCAUUCAACUGCAGAUGGCCAAACUGUCAGAAAAAGUUUGCCAGGUCUGAUGAGCUUGUACGGCACCACAACAUGCACCAGAGGAAUUUGACAAAGUUGCAGCUGGCCAUCUGAUUGAACUGUUUUUUCUUUAUAAUAGUACUAACCCUAAAGUGGCACUUUGAAAAAAUUAUUUCAUGUAGUGCAAGAGGCUGAAAUGGCUGUUUAUCUGCAUGUGCAGCAUCCCCUAAUGGCAACUCGUAACUGGCCCUAAUACACCAUCACAGUGUCAAUAUUAAAACGUCUGUUUCCAAUGAGGGAACCUUAUCAUGUCUUUUAUGAGAUUUUUGAUUGAGAUGUGAAAUAUUAUGUAUCUAACAGUUAAUUUAGUUGUUGUCAGCAGUUUCCAGACUAAUUUAUUACGUUUUAUUUUUUUGUAAAUUAAAAUGUAACUUUUUUCCCCCUGGUAAAACCCAUUCAAACUUUAUCCAACAGCUUUUGUAUGUUGUAUCUGAAAUUGUGAACCACUCUCCACUUAAGUGCUUGUCCAUGCCAUUUGUAAAAAUCCACUCUCUUUGACCUCCCCAGUUAAUUUAUGAGCAGGUCACACUGGCUAUGUGGCUGAGCAUUUGUGGUCAAGUUGUAAAUAUUAGUUUCAAUCCUCAGCCAACACCAAAAAAAUCAAACAGGCAAAAAUGGGAAAAAUGACUCAUAAGUAAAGGAAAGAAAUGUGAAAAGUGUUUAGAUGAAAAUGUUUUUGUUUUUCUUGUUUUUCAAUGAGCUCUAUUUUAAUGUAUACAGUUGCAAUCGAAAUUAUUCAGCAACCCCCCCCCCCCCCCAAGACAGUAAGGAUUUACAAAGGUAAGCUUUUCUGAUGACCCAGAAUUUUUAAACUACAUCUAUAUCAGUUGAGUGACACAUUCAAAGUCGUAGUGUGAAUAUAUAACCUAAUAUUUCUAAAUAGCAGGAUUUUUUUUUUUUAAAUACAGCCAUGUCAUAAUUAUUCAACCCCUAUUGCAUGUAGCUGUUUCUUAAAUAUGUAAGACUACACAAGUAAUUGUUUGAAAACAAAAUUAAGUCAUCAAUCUGCAAUGGCACUUAUUUAAGUUUUAAAAUUUAAGUUUAGCGCUGUAAGCAAAAAAUGUAUUUCAAUGCAAAAAAUGCAAUUAAAAAUAAGCUGUCUCAAAAGCUAAUAGAGGAGAUUAUUUCAUUACACAAGAAAGGUCAUGGCUAACAGUAAAUUUCCAAGGCACUUCAAUAUCCAAUAGACAAAGUUGGCAGCGCCAUUCAUACAUUUUUUAAAUAUGUUACAACAGCAACCUUAUUGGGAUGUAGAAGAAAGCAAAACUUCACCAAGGGAAAUGUUGAUUUGAAUAUUCAAGAAGUAAUAGGAAAGAAGUAGGAAAGACCUGUGGAGUCCUGGAGGAAGGUUUUAUAGACGUAUGACACUAAACUGAAAAUGAGUUUUAGACCCAUGGUUCAGCAGUACGUCUGGAGUAAGAUGACAAGGUGAUGACAAGAACGACACCAUCCCCACAGUCAAGCAUGGAGGUGGGUCAGUCCUGUAAUGGGGGUGUUUUGUGGCUGCAGGAAACGGCUAUCCUGACUAUGUGACUGACACCAUGGAUUCUUUCAGGUAUCAGGCCAUUUUGGCAUGAAAAAUGUGAUGCCUUCAGUGUGUAAAUUGAAACUCGGUGAUCACUGGACUUUCCAGCAAGACAAUAACACCAAGGAUACAUCCAAGUUGUCCAAAAUCUGGUUCAUGGAUAGGUCGUGGAACGUGCUUAAAUGGCCCUUUCAGUCCAUCAUUAAAAUCCCAUUCCAAACCUUUGUUGGGAUUUCAAGGAAGCAGUGGCAGCACAGAAACCAAAGAAUGUCAAUGAGCUGGAAGAUUUUGCUUGUGAGAAAUGUGUAAAAAUUCUAAUAGAGAGGUGUCCGAAGCCUGAGAACACUUACCUGAAACAUUUAUUUGCUGUUAUUAAGGAUAAAGGAUGCUCCACAAAUGAUUGACUUUGGGGGUUGAAUAUUUUUGACAUGACAUUUGUGAAGAGAAUUAGUUAUUUUUUAUUUGAAAAUUUGGGUAAACUGAACUCUUUGUUCUCAAAAUCACUCAAAUGUGUAUUAAAAACUUACUUUGACUGUUUACUGAGGUUUUAGUUGAUGUGUUUUAAUUCACAUCACUCAGAAUGUAUUGCUGGUCAGAGAGGUUGAAUAAUUGUGAUUGCAAAUGUAUGUCUUAUAUAUUUACAUUCUGUUUUUUUUUUUUUUUUUUUUUUUUUUUUUAAUAAAACUCUGCAUUAACUAGAUUAAAUCUGAAGCUCCAAUACUGCUCUGAAUUUACCGCUGUUGGUUAAAGUUGUGGAGAGAAAAUCUUUAAAUAGUUGUUGACUCUAUAUUGUUUAUCUAAGCUGUUUUCAUGUGUUUAAAAGCUUUAAAUUAUAACUUUUCCAAUAUGGCAUCA